ACAAAAUGGGAUAUGGAUGGAGUCAACACUGACAGAAGAAAUGCUAGUCUUAUUGAGUUAAAUAAUUUGUCUCGAUUAAGCGCCUUAGGUAUACACAUACCGGAUUUUAACAUUGUGCCAAAAGAUUUGUUUUCUAUGAAGUUGAUGAGAUAUGAGGUGGUAAUAGGACGAUUUUGCAUACACAGCUCAUAUGAUAUAUCAAGUUUAGAUUGUUCAAGAAUAUUGAGACUUGAGCUCAACAUAAGAAGAUUGUGGGACGAUCCUAGUCUUGAAAUGUUGUUGAAAAGAUCUGAAUAUCUCGGACUAUAUCGAUCAAAAGGUGUGAACAAUCUUGUUCCUGAAUUAGAUCGAGAGGGUUUCUCACACUUGAAGUGUCUCAUAAUUGCGAAGAACGAUGAUAUGGAAUGCAUCAUUAAUUCCAUGGAGCAAAAUCAUCGCUGCUCUGCUUUUCUAAGCUUGGAAGUAUUGUGUCUUAAGAAACUAAUGUACAUGGAAAAGACAUGCCAUGGCAAACUUUCAACACAUUCUUUUGGCAAAUUAAGAGCUGUAAUUGUGGAAGAUUGUGAUAGAUUGAAGAAUCUCUUCUCGUUCUCCAUUGCCAAACAGCUUGAGGAACUUGAUGUUAUUAAAUGUAAGAUGAUGACAGAGAUAGUUAUUUAUUUAAGAGAAGAUUAUCCUUCCAUCAUUCCUUCUGAAGCGAUUGCUAAGUUUGAGUUUCCUCAGUUGCACUCUUUGACGUUGGAAUGUUUACCCAAGCUCCUUUUUUUUUUCCAUGAUGAAUCUGAGGCCCCUUUCACAAGUCAAAAAGAAGAUGAAGGUCCCGUAUCUUUGUUCAACACAAUGGUUGCAUUUCCUAGCUUGAAACAUUUGGCAUUGUCCACAUUUAACUGCGAAAUAUUAUGGCCAGACCAACUUCCAGAAACCUUUAAGAUGCAGAAUCUAACAACCUUGAACGUUGACAGUUGCAAAAGUUUAAAGCAUGUCUUAUCUUUUGCUGUGGCCAGAAGUCUUGUACAGCUUCGGCACCUAAAGGUACGUCAGUGUUGUGUUAUGGAGGAGGUACUAGCCAUAAAUUAUACAAGAAACUCAGAAGGGAUGGAUAGGAAACUGCUCCCCAAUCUAAAACAUUUACAUUUAGAAGAACUCCCAAACCUCAAAAGGGUUUGCUUCAAAAGUUGGAUAAAGGUCUUAUCAAUGGAGAGACUGUGUAUAGAUGCUUGUCCAAAACUGGAAGUUGCAGAUUUACUAGGAGAGCUAAAUAAUUUAAAAUCCCUCCUCCUUUCUAGUUUAGAUAUUGUGGAGCUUCCGAGAGAAAUUGGACAAUUAACUUGUCUGCGAUCAUUAACUUUGAUAGAUUGGCCUAAACUUGAAAUGAUUGAACCCAAUAUCAUAUCAAGCUUACCAAGUUUAGAAGACUUGAAAUUUCAGAAUAGUUUUACAAAAUGGGAGACAGAAGGAGUCAUUGGUGAAAAGACUAAUGCACAUCUUUCCCAGUUAAAGAAUUUGAGCUCAUUAUCCACCUUACAUCUAGCUGUACCAGAUGUCAACGGUUUGCCAAAAGAUUUGUUUAGUACAAAACUGAAAGGAUAUAACAUAAAUAUAGGAGAAGACAAGCUCAAUGAGUUCAAGAAUGAUAACAAUUCGAGAAAGUUGGAGCUCAAGCUCGACACAAGCAGUCUAUUAGAUGAGCAUGUGGGCCUUAUAAUGCUAAUGAAAGGGUCUGAAGAAUUGGGUUUAAAUGGAUUGGAGGGUCUGAACAAUGUUGUUUAUGAUCUAGAUUGGGAGGGUUUUCCACAAUUGAAGUUUUUUCAAUUCCAAAAUAAAGUUGGAAUUCAAUACAUCGUCAACUCAAUGGACAAGAUUCAUCCUUGUAGUGCCUUUGUAAGCUUGGAGUCUUUGGUUCUUGAAAAAUUGGUGAACCUUGAAAAACUCUGUCAUGGGAAACUCACAGACAAGUGUUUUGGAAAGUUAAGAAAGAUAGAUGUGAGUAACUGUAACAGAUUGAAGAGUCUUUUCUCAUUAUCUGAAGCAAAAAUUCUUUCAAAACUCAAAGAAAUCAGAGUGGCUGACUGCAAUAUGAUGGAGGGGAUAGUUAUUCAUGAAAUAGUAGAUGAUAACCAAAACAUUAGCAACAAUGCUUCUAAUAAGUUUGAGUUUCCUCAACUAUAUUCAUUGAAGGUGAAAUCUCUACCGAAAUUCGUUCAAGUUUUUACUGAAAUGAAGACAAACGGCACGUGUCAGAAUCAAGAGGAGGAAUUGGUUGCCACUUUUCCCAUACACUUUUUCAACGAAAAGGUCAAAUUUCCUAAGUUGAAAGCGUUGACACUGAAAGGUAUUGCCACCCCGAAUACAAUAUGGAAUUGUCAGUAUGAAGGCCAGCUCGGAGAUGAUAAAGAACACGCUGGAAUACUUUCCCGUUUGGAAGGAUUAAAACUGAGUGAGCUGCCUCAGUUGAUGCAUUUAUGGGAGGAGGAUUACCACCCUGUAGGAAGAGCCUUCCACAACUUGAAAGCUCUAUUUGUGAGUAGAUGUGACAGAUUGAAGAACCUAGUGCCGUGUUCGAUAUCUUUCGAAAACUUGAGAUAUCUCAGAGUGUCAAAAUGCCAUGGAAUGGAGAAUUUAUUAACACCUUCAACAGCUAAAAGUCUGUCACAAUUGAGAAGAAUGAUCAUCACUGAAUGCAGAAGAAUGAUACAAAUAGUGGGAGAUAAUCAAAAGGGAAGUGAUGAAAGUGAAGGUGAAAUUGUCUUUUCUCGUUUGCAAGUUUUGGAACUUGGCAAUCUGCCCAGCCUAACGAGUUUCUAUUCAGGAAGUAAUCAUAUCUUGAGAUUUCCAAAUUUGGAAGGGGUAUUUGUAAAGUCCUGCUGUCAGAUGCGGAGUUUCUGCAAUGGAGAAGUUAGCACUCCGGAACUGAAGAAAUUAAUAUUAAGUGCAGUGAAGGAAGAUGAAUAUCAUAGUGAUGAUGAGUAUUCUAUAGAUGGGGAUGAUGAUUAUGAAGAUGAAGAAUGGGAUGUUGAUGAUAAGUAUGGUGAUCGGCCAAUGAUGGAGUUAAAGGAGGGUGAUACUAAUGCCACUAUUAGACAAUUAUCAGAAAGCGGCCCGGUUGAUACUUGAUAGCAAGGUAAUGCCACAAUUAGACAAUUAUAUAACAAGGCACAAAAUCAAAGCUUCAUCCUUUUUCUUUUUUUUUUUAAUUCUCUUUUUCUCUUAAAAGAAAUGUUUUAUCC